GGGCAGUGCCAGGGAAAGAUGGGGUUUAGGUUGGAAAUUAGGGACAGAGGUGAUUACAAAGUGCUUGGCUGGAAGUUGGUUCCAGGCCAGGCCUUGGAGAGUCCAUGGAAAAUCACCUGUCUCACUGCCUCCUCCUGGGUCCGUUUUCCACAUGGGUUCCAAUAGCCGGAUCAUUUGCACAGGAGGCUGUCUGGCUGGCUAACUGGUAGACCAGGGAGCAGCUGCAAAAGGACCUGUCUCCCUGUCCUUUUUGGAGAGGGUCAACAUUUUUAUGAAGCUAAGAAAGAUGUUUUUUUUUCCACCCUGCAUCUUAUCCAAGGGCAUACCUCCCCACUUACCACCUUAACCAUUUUUAUUUGCAUUUGAGUUUAGGUUUACGUAAACCCUUAGGUAAAUAGAAAAGUGUGUGAGUGGGAGAGAGUGGGAGGGGAUAGGGAGAGCUUGUCUUCCCUAUUAAUGGAAAGAGAAACUAAAUUAGAGAGGGGGUACAAGUAAACAGUGCUCAGAGAUCUCCUUGCCUUUGGUCUAAUUUUUAUAUACUUUAUGAUCCAAAUUUGAUAGAAAGUCUAGGAGAAUAAAUUUCAAGGGCUCUGUUCUUUAAAUUGUCACACAGAUGUGUGAUAUACACCUGCAUAGAUCACAAAGCCACUAUAGUUAUUAAAAUAAGCCACACUUACAUUGUGUGUGGGGGGGGGUCUUUCUCUCCCUUCUUCCUUCCACCCUAUCAUAAUAUUGUGACUGCAAAGAGAGGCGGCUUCAAAGUGGGAAUGUAUAUUAAGCUUCAGUAAGAGUGGCAGCAUUAUAUGCAGAAUGAUUUUAAAGAACUAAAAUUAAUAGAUUUGUAGAGGAAUUGAUUUCUUUAUAUUAAAUACUACUAAGAAGGAAUAAUACUUUUCUCCAGAGUGAGGCAUAGGAGAUCAAGGGAAAAAAAACAAGGAUUACAUCACCCCCUCCUAAGCACAGUAAGCCAAAGACAGGUUCAUCAAGGAAAAAUAAUUUCCAAAGAUAACUAUGCCUCCACUCUUGCAGUCUGAUACAUGGCCUCUUUUCUUUUCGAAGGAGCGUCUUACCUUGCUCAGUUUUGUAUGACAGUAGCAUUUAAAUUCUCAUGACUAAAGUUGACAAUUAUGUUUCUUAUUUCUGCUAAUAAUAUGCAUCUUCAUUCCUGUUGAGAGUUUUCAUUGUUGCUGCAUGAAGUCUAGUUUUAAUUUGCAACGUUUGGUAGAGGAGGAGAUUUUGUCUUUGCCUUUUUUUUUCUUUUCGUAAUUGUGCUUUCUAAUGUGUACAUCGUGACAGUGUUUAAAUUCUGAGUUUUCAGUGAAUUAUGUAGGACUGAAACUAAAUAUCCCGAGUUCUUGAUCUGUGCUGCUAAUAACAUAUACAGGAGGCAUUUAAGAACUGUAAAAUAGACCUUAAGUAUACCGUUCCGAUGCCUUUGUAAGAUUUUUAAACCAAGGGAACGACCAGACUAUCUAUAAAGCCAGAUGCACUAGGAAAAAAAAAAAAAAAGCUACGUGCUGUAGCAUAUCAGCUUUUGUCAACCUGCCAACAGUGGAGCAUACCAUGCUGCAAGGAGUCAUAAAAAAGGAAUUAGAAAACUCACUGCUGGAAGAGAACAGUCAAAUUAAACACCUUUUGAAACGAUGAGCAGGUAUACGUUGCAGUUCUGUUAAAUGUCCGUCUUAGUGAGGUUGGGAUUGUGUUAAGGCUGGUAUAGAAGGGAAAUGAUGAAGCAGGAGUGGUCUGGUGACAUUUUUCUGACUUGAUUGGCUGGGAUGUGUGAUGUAAUAGGUUACAGUGCAGCCCCUUAUAGGUUUUAAAAUGAAUUCCAAGACACCAUUACAAAGAAAGCUGGACUCUUUUCUUAUAACUGAGCUCAGCCAAGGAAACUCUCGCACAAAUGUACAACACUGUUUGGAAUAUGGAAGACCUGGAUAUAGAAUAUGCUAAGACAGAUAUAAAUUGUGGCACAGACUUGAUGUUUUAUAUAGAAAUGGAUCCACCAGCACUGCCUCCUAAACCACCAAAACCUACUACUGUAGUCAACAACGGUAUGAAUAACAAUAUGUCCUUACAAGAUGCUGAAUGGUACUGGGGAGAUAUCUCGAGGGAAGAAGUGAAUGAAAAACUUCGAGAUACAGCUGAUGGGACAUUUUUGGUACGAGAUGCCUCUACUAAAAUGCAUGGAGAUUAUACUCUUACACUAAGGAAAGGAGGAAAUAACAAAUUAAUCAAAAUAUUUCACCGAGAUGGGAAAUAUGGCUUCUCUGACCCAUUAACUUUCAACUCUGUGGUUGAACUAAUAAACCACUACCGGAAUGAGUCUCUCGCUCAGUAUAAUCCCAAGCUGGAUGUGAAGUUGCUUUAUCCAGUCUCCAAAUACCAACAGGAUCAAGUUGUCAAAGAAGAUAAUAUUGAAGCUGUAGGGAAAAAAUUACAUGAAUAUAACACUCAGUUCCAAGAAAAAAGUCGGGAAUAUGAUAGAUUAUAUGAAGAUUAUACUCGUACUUCCCAGGAAAUCCAAAUGAAAAGAACAGCUAUUGAAGCAUUUAAUGAAACCAUAAAAAUCUUUGAAGAACAGUGCCAAACCCAGGAGCGGUACAGCAAAGAAUACAUAGAAAAGUUUAAACGUGAAGGCAAUGAGAAAGAAAUACAAAGGAUUAUGCAUAAUUAUGAAAAGUUAAAGUCAAGAAUCAGUGAAAUUGUUGACAGUAGAAGAAGAUUGGAGGAAGACUUGAAGAAGCAGGCAGCUGAGUAUCGAGAGAUUGACAAACGUAUGAACAGCAUUAAACCUGACCUCAUCCAACUAAGAAAGACGAGAGACCAGUACUUGAUGUGGUUGACUCAAAAAGGUGUUCGGCAGAAGAAGUUGAAUGAGUGGCUGGGCAAUGAAAACACUGAAGACCAAUACUCGCUGGUGGAAGAUGAUGAGGAUUUACCGCACCAUGAUGAGAAGACCUGGAACGUGGGUAGCAGCAACCGGAACAAAGCUGAGAACCUAUUGCGAGGGAAGCGGGAUGGCACUUUCCUUGUCCGCGAGAGCAGUAAACAGGGCUGCUAUGCUUGCUCCGUAGUGGUGGAUGGCGAGGUAAAGCACUGUGUCAUCAACAAGACGGCGACUGGGUAUGGCUUUGCGGAGCCCUAUAACUUGUACAGCUCCCUGAAAGAACUGGUGCUACAUUACCAACACACGUCCCUCGUGCAGCACAACGACUCCCUCAAUGUCACACUAGCCUACCCAGUAUAUGCACAGCAGAGGCGAUGAAGCGCUGACACUCUAAUCCUUCUCCUGAAGUUCAACCACCCUGAGGCCUCGGGAAAGCAAAGAGCUCCUCUCCAGCCUGACCUGUGAAUUGAGCUGUGGAAACAAAGCCCGCUGUCUUCGGAUAGGACUGGCGCUUUCUUUGACAACAAAGCAGCAGGGGAAGACACACAGCCGAGUGCUGAGUGACCAUACGUUUCUAAUCCGGAGUGGUUAUCCUUCCUUCCUUUCUUUUUUUUUAAUUUAAAGCCAGAACAACUCACAACACAAAGAGAAAAAGAAAUACAAAAAUCUCUGCAUGCAGGGACAAAGAGGCCUUUAACCAUGGUGCUUGUUAAUGCUUUCUAAAGCUUUACCAGCUACAAGUUGGGACUUUGUAGACCGAAGGGUAGAUAGGGCUCAGGAGCCCUGUGACCUGGGAAGGCUGGGUCCAGCCUGAUUUAGCCUGGGUGUGUCGCUGUGUCCAGCAGCCCCAGGCACGUCGCACUGUGGAUUAUUUCAUUUUCUAACAAAUGAACGAUAUGUAGCAGAAAGGCACUUCUACUCACAGGGGACACUUUGGGAGAAUGUCAGUUCAUGUACAUUCAGAGGAGAUUCUGUCGUAGCAAAGUGCCAGAAAGUGUUUUGUUUAAACUUUUCAAAAUGACAGACAAACAAAACCCACCAACAGAAAAAUUGAACUUGGAAAACAGGACUUAAAAAUGACAUUCAGUAUAUAAAAUAUGUACAUAUUAUUGGAUGACUAACUAUCAAAUAGAUGGAUUUGUAUUAAUACCAAAUAGCUUCUGUUUCGUUUUGCUGAAGGCUAAAUUCACAGCGCUAUGCAAUUCUUAAUUUUCAUUAAGUUGUUAUCUCAGUUUUAAAUGUACCUUCAGAAUAAGCUUCCCCCAACCCGAUUUUUGUUGCUUGAAAAUAUUGUUGUCCCUGACUUUUGUUAAUAUUCAUUUUGUUAUUUUUUUUUUUUUUGAAGAAAUGUACAGGAUGCCAGUAAAAAAUGGCUUCAGAAUUAAAACUAUGAAAUAUUUUACAGUUUUUCUUGUACAGAGUACUUGGCUGUUAGCCCAAGGUUAAAAAGUUCAUAACAGAUUUUUGGACUAAAUGUUUUGUUGGGCAGUGCCUGAUAAGCUUCAAAGCUGCUUUAUUCAAUAAAAAAAGAAAAAAAAGAUAUAUGAAUAUGACAAAGUAUCGCUGAGUCCAACGAUGUUGUUUCAAGACUCUUAAAAUACGGUACCUGGCAAUGUUUAUUUCAUAAAGAAUUGUGAACUUCUUGAUUCUAGGCAGGGGGUAUGUAACAAAAGGAUGGGGCAAGUAGGGGCAGUGGGAAGGGUGGGGAGGUGGUUUGCACUUUCUCUUCCUUGUGAUUACAGAAAAGAAGUGAAUAACUGCAAAGUGAAGUCUUUUCCCACUUUAUUAGUUAUUAUCAAUUAAUGGCAGUUAAAAACCUACUGUAACUCUCUUAUCACAGUUCAGCCGGUCAGAUAUUUCAGCUCUUAUGAAGGAAGUUCUUGAGUUUGUUUUGGGUUCCUAGAACAGUGCUCGCCUUUGUUUAGCGCACUGGUUUCAAGGUAGAACCUGUACAGUUAAAAAAUGUUUUUCUCUUUUUAACAUAGCUUGUCCACUACAGACAAAAAACAUACCUUUUAGAAAAAGCAUUAUCUGAAAAAACUGUAUUUUUAUUUGGGUGUUUUGUUGUUUUUCUAUCCAUUCAAAUUAGAACAUAGAGCAAAUAGAUAUGCUCAUUAUUGUCACUGUUCUGGGCCCAGCGGAGCUCGUUAAAAGUCUUGGCCAUUUCAGGAAUCCCAAGUAAUUGUAUGUGUUAUGCUUCACUAUGAGGAAAAGGAAGGAAUUGUUAGAGUAAUCUUUGCAAUUUAGGGAGAGUAAGAAGUGUUUCUCCCUGAUUCACUUAUACAAAAAUCGUUAAUGUUCAGUAAGAAUUGUACAUGCAUUGCAAGGAAUAAGGGUUAAUUAUAAUCAUGGUCACUACCCUGAUUGAUUAAAGUAGAAUCUUACAAUUUCAGUUUUCCUUUCUCAGUAUUAGACUGAUUUCACCCACAGUUUUAUUUCUCUUCCUUUCAAAUACUGGGGUGAGGGUGUUUUGUUCUAAUGCUGAUCCUUUUAAAAUUCUUUUUAAAGAAUCAGUCUAGCAGCUGACUUAAUCAUCUGUAGAAUGUAUUUUUUUCCCUUUCCAUGAAGCUACUCAAGAGCAGAAUUCAAUCUUACCACCAGACUGUCAGCCCUUAAACUUGACUGAACUGAUCUAUCUCCCUCUCAUCUCCAGACAAUAUGAUUUCCCUGAUUUUAGUCUGUGUCUUUGGUUUAGAACUUCUGGUGGGAGUAGCCAUCCACAUCACACAGAAGUCUUCACAAUUAGUAGUAGUUUAUAAACUAGUCUUUUUGUUUGUUUUGGUAGCACAUCCAUGUAUACUAUUAAAUACAUAAUUUUUAUUUAAUUUCUAAAAUGUAAGAUUUGAGUUCAGAUGUUUCAUCAGAAGCUGCAGUUUUGUUCAUGUUUUUGCUUAAAUGGUCUUUGCAAGAUGACAUGGUAUUUAGGCAUUUGCCUUAUUUUUGCAUCUCAUAAGCAUCCAUGCAAUAGAUUUUCCAUGGAACAGCAAGGCAGGAUCCAGCGUUCCAUAUCACAGUGAGUUACACCAUCUCUGCCGAAUGCCUUUUUUGACUGCAGUGUAACAUGCCUACCACAUUUGUCCUUCUCGAUAUUUGACCAUCCGGGCUCUUUGGGUUUAAUCAGUCAUCUUUUAACAACCCUGUCUGGGUGGCUCAAGAGUAUCAGUGGAUACAGCAGAGGCACUUCUGAUAGUGAUUUUACCCAUGCAUUCAUUUUCCCAACCCACUGUAGUGUCCUAAAGAUAAAAGAAGCUAAGCUGCAGAAAGGCUGUGAUAGGGCUGUGGAAGGGGGAUCCUUGGGACCUCCUAUUCAUUACGCACGACAGCAAGAUCAUAACCAUGUGAAAAGGCAAAAAAGCAUGUGUUUACGACAUCUGACAACUUGAUGGCCCUUGAUAUCUGUAUAUAUGUAUAUGUGCAUGGACUGUGUUUCCAGUACACCUUUCAACCAAAACAGAUCCACAGUUGUUGAGUUCAAGUACAUAACAAGCAAAUGUCUAGUACAAUUGUGUAUAUGUGUAUGGGUUUUUUUUUUCUUCUGCUUUGAGGUUGCUUUGUUUUGUCUUAUAAAGGUGAAAAUUGUUUUCAAGUGAAGUGAGAAGUUCAUAAUUCUUUGGCUUUUUUCUGUUUUUAAAAGUUAUUCCUUUUGGGGAGCUAGUCUGGAUGACUCGCUUAAUGGGAAAAUCCUUGUCUUUGGUGUGUCGAGUCAAAAUGUGUUUCUGUGAGCUGUCACUGUGGGGAACCAAUUGCUUUGUCAUAUAGCUGGUUAUGAACUAGUAACGUGUUUGGGAAGUCCUACUGAUGUUCCUUACUGGGAGAAAAAUUCUGCUGGUUUUAACAACUGUGCUUUUGCUAUGCAUGGUAUCCAAGUCAGUUGGAAAGCAGACUCUGAGAGCCAUUUGAGUUCAGGGUCGUCUAAGAAAGGGGCAGUUUAAAGCACAAUGCCUCACAUGGGACAGAGUUCCAAAAUGCCAAAUUCUUAUUUUUUAAAAAUCUAGUUAUAUAAAAUACUAGUAUUAUGGGUGGGGUGGGAACAGAAUUGGGUUAAUUGGGAAGACUAUUUAACCUGAAACUUGUCACCAUGAGAUAGCAUUAGCUGCCCAGGAUGCUGCUAUUUCAAAAAAAAAAAAGCAAAACAAAACAAAAAAAUCA